UUUCAAUACACAGCAUAACGCCACCGACUUCUUGCGAGCCUAACGGCACCUGCAUUCACCGCAAGUGACGUUUGACCGGCUCUGCGACUCAGGUCGCCCAGCGCCCGUCCGCAUUCUCAUACACAGUCUUGGCCUCCUAUGCAUAACUUACAGCAAUGAUUUCAUCUACAUGAAUGGUAGCGCCAGCGACUCGGCGAACUAGCGUUCUUGACAUGCUGCACCACGCGCCACUGGACGCCACUGAAAGACGUGAACCUCUACCUAUUGAGCUGGUGCUGCAAAAGUGAUAACUUCAUACAGCCAGCGGCUGAGCAAGCGAGGAGACACCAUGCUUGUGACUGCAGAUGAGUUCUAUGACAUGCUGUCGGCCAAGGAGCGGCUGCUGGAGGACAGCCGGCGGGCGGAGCGCCAGGCUGCUACGCCGCCGCCCAACGCGCACCUACGCGAGCGCUACUUGCGCCAAGCGGCGGGACUGGGCCUGCUUCCAAGCGGCUACUUCUCGACGCCCCAGCCCACUGGCGCCGCUACCCGCGACGCAAUCCGCCCCCGCGCCGGUGCUGCCGUGGCGAACGGCUACGCAGCCAACGGCGCGCGCAGCCGUGGCCGCGACAGCGGCGGACCCAGUCACGCCAGCAGCACCAGCAGUGACACCCCCAGUCCCCGCACACACUCCCCGGGCCGGCCCUGGACGGCGCCGCCCGGCGCCGGCGCCCGCAGCAGCAGCCGGCGCAGCCUAGCUGUAGCAAGCACAGGCUCACCUAGCGUGGACGCCUCCCUAAGCCGCAGCCCAAGCCGCAGCCCGAGCCUGGGCCGCGGCCGCGCGGCGCGCGAGCUCGCCCGCGCAGAUGCGUCCUUCCGCAACAGCGCCGCUGCCGCGCUGGCGGCCACGGAGUCGCAGCUCCGGCGGUCGCGCCGUCGUGCACACCGCUCGCAGCUGCGGGCGCUGCUGUCGCUGGGGGAGCUAGACCUAGACAUCGGCAGCAGCGGCAGCAACAGCGGCAGCAGCAGCAGUGGCGGCAGCAGUAGCAGUGGCAGUGGGGAUGAGGGUGGCUCUAGCGCAACCUCGUCGUUUGCCACGGGGCGCGGCAUCGGGAGCCGCAACCGCGGAGGGGGAGGGGGUGGCAGCCGCGGCGGCUUUGGUCUCUUUGACUCGUGGAAUGAGCAGCAGCGCAAGCCGGAGGGGCGAACGCUGCAAUACGCCCGGCACCUCGCGCGCAUUGCCAGCGGCGGCAGCAGCAGUCGCAGCCUUGCCAGCAGCAGUCGCAGCCGGUCACAACGGCAGCUCGUGGUAGAUGUGGCGGGGGCAGGCGUGGGAAGUGGCGUGGCGGUGGAAGGUGGCAUGGAGGAGCCUACGGUGGCAUUCCUCAAAACGUGGCGUGCCAUGAAAAACCGGGAGAAGCUCCGCAAGCAAGUGGUGCGCUUUCUGGUGCACACCCCCGGCGAGCUGGAGAAGCACACGGAUCCGCAGCAGGACGGCGGCGCGGUGGCAGCCGGUGCGCCAGCGGCGCCAGGUGCCGGCUCUUCGGCAGCUGCUGCGGCUGGCGGCUGGAAUGGCUCCAUUGCCGGCUCCGGAUUCGGAUCCGGCUUCUUGCAGGCGGGCACGCCGGCACCCGCGGCGCUGGCCCCCCUGCAAGGCCACGGGCCUUCGCUGUCCCCGGAAGCACAUGGCAACGGACUCGGCAGCUACGGAGCGUCGGCGGCCACUGAUCCAUACCAGUUUCAAUACCAGCAGCAUCAACAACAACAACAGCAGCCCCACCAGCACCGGAGCUAUAGCUACGAGCGGGCUGCCUCCCCCACCGCCACACAGCCGCCGCCGCAGGUGCUGUCGUACGGCAAUAUGGCCACACAGACCAGUCCCCGUAACACGCAGGGCGGCGCCGGCGCCGGCAGUGUCGGGCUGCUGUACCCGACCUCCUCAGCACCCGUGCCGCCGUCGCCGCCAGGCGCGGUUUACGAACGUGCGUUCGGGCAUGAGCCCGGCAGCCAUUUCGCCUACCAUUCCUCCCUGCCGCUGCGUGGCGGUGCCAGCAGUAGUGCCGGCGGCGCGCCGGUCCGGCCCCCGUCGCCGCUGACCAUUGAGCUUCCGCCGUCCCCGGCGGCGUCGUACGGCGGCGCUAGCGUGGCGGCGGCACCUGCCUUGCCGCCGCGCGCGCCGCUGACGGCGGUGGUGCUGGCGGCCGCCACGGCCAAUGGCGGCGGCAGCAGCAGUGGUGGCGGCGGCGCAGAUGGGGCAGGUGGGGGUGAGGGCGGUGGCGGCGGGAGGGGCACGGCAAGCUUCAGUGGCUGGGCGGGCGGCGGCGGGCCUUUGGCGGCGGGGCUGCUGACGGCUGGCGAUGGUCGCGGCGGCGGCGGCAGCUCGGCGGCUGCAAUGGGUGCGGCUUAUGCAGGCCUGCGGGAGCAGCAGUCGGCGAUCUCGAGGGACGUGGAGGGCAUUCUGCGGCGCCUGCAGGACAUGCGGGGGCGGCUGGGGCCCGCGCACUAGCCGGUGUGUGGGCGGAGUGCGAGCCGGUCUGCUUGCGCUGGCGUCACUGACCGCGGUAAUUGUAAGUGUCAGAUCGUUCCAGUACCGGUAUGACGUCAAGAGUUUGGCGGUGAGGCCCCACUGCUUCUUCUUUGUGUGUCCCUGCGGAGUGAGCAGGGCAGGGGCGCUGACGGCAGCCAGCCCAGGUUGCGAGUGGUGCCAUGCUCGCCCUUGCGCUGUAUACGGCCGCAUUGCCCAACAAGGGGACACGAUGGCCGCGUGCCCGCUGCCUGCCGUGGCCUAUGGGCUGUUGUAGACACUGAGGUUAUGCACUGUGCGGUAUGCUUGUGCUGCUCCAUGGAGUUGCAGACUGCGAAUGGUGAUGUCAUUUUGGCUCGGGGAGCAGUCGUUUGGGUGGUAGGGUAGUAUGGUGAUCAAAACAGAAAGCUGACAUGUCAAGGGAUGGUCCAAGAACCGAUACAAUGGUGGUUCCAUUACUCAGGAAUAGCUGGAUGAGGGGUGGGAGCGUUUGCAGAGUACGAAGACGAUUCGUUGUACGCUAGUGGUUUGGGGAUGUGGAGCUUGGCAAAUAGUGUCUGUCUGGACAACUGCAGGGGCGGAUGCUUGGCUGGGGUGCGUAGAAGAUUCGCUGUGCGCUGGUGGUUUUGGGAUGUGGAGCUUACGCAAGUAGUGUCUGUCUGGGGCGGACGCCUGGCGGACGAAGCGGUGGUUGGUCAUGGGCUAUGGGGAGCUGGACAUGCUUGCUGCUGCCACGUCCGACCCCUGCUAGGAUGGGUUUCAGCCGACUCGACAGGCGAUAGCGCGCACCGGCCCUGUGAGACCACAUACGCGCAUGUGCCCCCAAGCAAGGGCGCGGGUACGUACUGAAAGCGCACGGGUUGGGCUUUGUCGCAAAGAAAGCUACCAUGUUCCAAUGUUAGUUUGCAGUUGGGUGAAAUGAAUUGAC